GGGUGUGUGUGUGCCUGCUUCUCACCCUUGCUAUGGAUGCUCUUGCUGACAGCCCCCUUGGAUGGCUCUGCGUGGGCAUCACUGCGCUUUUUGGGGUGACUGUGCUCUGCACAGCCAAGAGGAGCCCAGUGGGUAAAGAAAAUAUACUGGUCUGGAGCCUCCUGCCUGUCUUGCUGGGGCUGCUGUGCGUGGCCAUGCUGGGCACUGGUGUGGGGCUGGUGGUGUUCUGUACCUCGUGCCUCGUCUCCUCCAUGUACCUGAGUAGCACGGUGCUGCUGCCCGUGGGUGACAAAGCUGUGCUUAUUACAGGAAGCGACACUGGGAUUGGACAUGCACUGGCUAAAUACCUGGACAGCUUAGGCUUUGUUGUGUUUGCUGGGGUUUUGAAUAAGGAUGGACCUGGAGCUAAGGAACUGAGACGGGCCUGUUCUCAGAGACUUUCUCUCCUGCAGCUGGAUGUAACCAAUGCCAAACAAGUCAAGGAAGCCUUUCUAAAAGUCUCAGAGAAGGUGCAAAAUACAGGACUCUGGGGAGUUGUGAACAAUGCAGGCAUCCUGGGCUUCCCUGCUGACGGUGAGCUGCUCCCCGUGAGCACGUACAGGAUGUGCAUGGAGGUGAAUUUCUUUGGGGCUGUAGAAGUGUCCAAGACCUUCUUAUCGUUACUCCGGAAAUCCCGGGGGAGGCUGGUUAACAUGUCCAGCAUGGCAGGAGGCAUUCCACUACCAAGGUAUGCUGCAUACGGUGCAUCAAAAGCAGCACUGGCCAUGUUUUCUGGAGUAAUGAGGCAAGAGCUUUCCAAAUGGGGAAUUAAAGUUGCUGCAAUUCAUCCGUCAGGCUUCCGAACAGGUAUACAAGGUACAUCCGACAUGUGGGAUAAGCAAGAAAAGGAGCUGAUAGAGAACCUCCCAGAAGACACGAGGCACGCGUAUGGCGAUGAGUACCUCCUGGGGCUGAAGAGCUACCUGCUGCAUAUGCCUGCGUACUGUGACGCCAACCUCUCCCCUGUGCUGAAUGCUGUCCUGCAUGCAUUGCUGGCCAAGAGACCACAUGGCUUGUACACGCCUGGCAAAGGGGCUUACCUCCCCCUCUGCAUCUUCUGCUGCUUUCCUCUCUGGUUCUAUGACUUUUUCAUUAGUAAGAUGAUGAGUUCUCAGCCUGUCCCAAGGGCGCUGAGAACAUCAGAAGCAGAAAGCAAGAAUCACUAAGGUAUCCAUUAGCAUUUGUCUUACUUGAUGAGAUAACUGGGGAAAACUCUAUUUUAAGACACUGCUAUUUAUUGUACUGUCUUUGUUAAAUUGCAUCUACACUUCCUUACAAACAGAAGUAAAUCUUUGUGUUAAGAGUAAUGUUCAGGAAAAGCAGUGGAUAAACAGAAAUAGAAAGCUAUUCCCAGAUGGGGCAUUUUUGGAGGAGUUUGAGUGUUUUCCUGAUGUUUUUGUAUCCUGCCUUCUGUGUAAGGUAUCUCAUGAGGUUAUAUAGUUCCUAUCUGUUUCAAAAGGCACCACCAUCACACAGACAGAUGUAUAACCUAUUUUUUUAAAACAAAACAAUCCUUGAAAAUCAACAACCUUCUUAAACGUCAUAAGGAGUUACACACAUUUCUAUCACUGAAGAGAUACAGAAAUGUCUAAUGCAAAUCCUUCUCACUGCAGCUUUGGCCUAAUAUAUUGUGGGCUUUUUUUUUGUUCUGCUGCUGUUGAACCUGAGCGAUUAUUGACCUUUUCUCCACCAAGUUUUGUGAAGUGUAGUUGUGAUGUUUAUCAUGUAUCCUCUUUGCUAGCCUAAGCAACAUAUAUUAGUUGGGAGGAAAAUGAACAAAGACAGGUCAAGACUUUCAUGAAGAAGAAAUCAACCUCCUUCCUACAGUAUUAGAAAAAGUAAUGACAAGUGUAUCAGCUGCUAAUUUGAUAUGACUAUCUUGGUUAUUCUGAGCCUUGCCUGUAUAUGCCUGUGCUUAUUUAAUUAUUAGUAAACUCUGAUCU